AUGGCGCGCCUGUCUGCCAACGGGUGGCAACACACCCGUCGCGCCCGCGGGGCGCAGCAGUGGCAGUCUCAAGGCGGUGGGUUUGCACAGGCCGGGUUCAACUACGAGGGCGGCGGCAGCAGAGGCGACAGCGGGAGCAGGUACGACAGCAGCUCCACGCGGGAGCCCGACGCCAGCCCCAGGCGCAGCGAGACCAGCUCUAGGCAGCACAGCGCCAGGUUCGACGACAGACACAAGUACGAGAGGGGUCCACACCAAGAGGGUGGUUCCACGUGCAACAGCAGCGCGAGGCAUGACGCCAACACGAAGUUCGAGGCCAUCUCCGUAAGUUUGGUCGACGCCUUCGACAAGAAGAUCACGUCAGUCCAGAAGGAAUUAUCUACGUCGCUCCAGGAAGCCACAAGCAAGGAUAAUGAGAAAUUCGAUCUCAUUUUCAGCGUACUGAUCGAGCUCCAGCGGCGGCAGGCGCAGCUCGAGGAGUCAAUGCGGUCACUCAAGACGCAGCUCCAGCAGACAAUCCCACCAGUGGCAAUGCAGAUGGGUGGCCCAGUGCAGCAGCAGGGGCCGAUCCAGAACGGCAGUAACUCGGCGUCGUGCCGUUCGCCAGCAUCGCCGCAG